AUGGAUGAAUGUUCAGUGGGAGGAAUAAAAUUGACUGAACAGACUUCUUUCUUAUUAGGGAGUGCAACCAUGGCAGCUAGACUCAUGGAUAUAGGAAAUUCAUUUGGUGAUCAAACUGGUCACUUAAUUAAUAGAUCUAGAAACCUUUUGGAAGAAGAAGAUGAUGAUGUUGUAUUUAUUGAAUCUAUACAACCUCCCUCAGUUUCUGCAGCAGCAGUAGCUAAUCAAAACAACAUAUUUGCGUCAUCAAAAAGGGAAAAGCUACAAGGAAACAGUUCCAUAAUUCUUCCUUCUUCAAGAGAUUUAACUUCUCAGAAGAGAAAUAUAAGUGAGACAAUUGUCAUUGAUGAUGAAGAGGAUAUAGAAACAAAUCAUGGGCAAAAGAAAAAUUCUUCCAGUUUUAUUGAAUGGGGAUUCCCGGGAAUUAAAAACAGAACCAAAGAUUUGGAUUUCUCCACUUCCAGUCUUUCAAGAAGUAAGAACAAGACUGGAGUAGGACCUUUUAAUCCUGGUAGAAUGAAUGUGGCAGGAGAUGUAUUUCAGAAUGGAGGAUAUACAACUCAUCAUAGUCCUGAUUCUUGGAUCUCCCAGUCAGCAUCAUUUCCCCGUAAUCAGAAACAACCAGGGGUGGAUUCUUUAUCACCAGUGGCCUUACUUCCUAAGCAGAUUUUCCAGCCUUCUCUCCAACAGCAACUUACUAAAUCAGCUAAAAUCACUUGUGCAAACUGCAAAAAACCUUUACGGAAGGGACAGACAGCUUAUCAACGAAAAGGAUCACCUCAUCUCUUUUGUUCUACUACCUGCCUUUCUUCCUUCUCUCGUAAGCGUGCUCCAAAGAAACGCAGUGCAAUGUGUAAAAAAGAUGCACCUACAGAGAAGGGUACUGUUGUUGCUCAAGUGGAUUCGAGCAAAUCCUCCCAAGAAUUUUAUAGUACUUCUUUGUCUCUCUGUGAAGAUAAACAGAACCUUAGAAAAAGAGUUCUGGAUAAAUCAAGAUGUACAGUCUGUAAUAAACUAACAGAGAUUCGCCAUGAAGUCGGCAUUAAUAAUGUAAUUCAUAAGCUCUGCAGUAACCAUUGCUUUAAUAAGUAUAGACUGGCCAAUGGCCUAAUAAUGAAUUGUUGUGAACAGUGUGGCAAGUACAUGCCCAGUACAAGUGCUGGGAACAAUGUCCUGAUGAUUGAAGGUCAGCAGAAAAGAUUUUGCUGCCUGAGUUGUAUUAGUGAAUAUAAACAGAUGAUAGAAAUAAAAUCGAAAAGUUUAUCACCGUCAGAAAACAGAAAAAGAAAUGGUGUUAGAGAAAAAAAUGAAAGAAUGCUGUAUGGACCAUUGAAUACACUUUUGGACAAAAUAGAUGAAAUAUCAGAAAAAAAGGAAAAGACUUCAGAGCCACAAGUUUCUGUAGAAUGUAGCACAGAUACAUCACUGAUCAAAAAGGAUGUGAAUUUACCUUCGUCUUCCAUAUCAGUCAUACAUGAUAGAUUUCAAGAACAGCAACUGGAAGAGAAAAAAUCAGAAGAUUCAACUGUACCACUUGUACUUUCUGCUGACCCAGGUACAUGGCCCCGAAUUUUGAAUGUUAAACAGUGGGACACACUUGUUGAAAAUGAUCCACCUCAAGUAAGAAAUUUUAACUUCCCUAAGGACAAUACAGGGAGGAAGUUUUCAGAAACAUAUUACACACGAAUUCUUCCAAAUGGUGAAAAAACCACUAGAUCCUGGUUGCUUUAUUCUACCUCAAAAGAUUCUGUGUUUUGUCUGUAUUGCAAACUCUUUGGGGAAGGAAAAAAUCAACUGAAAAAUGAGAAUGGGUGCAAGGAUUGGCAACAUUUAUCUCACAUUCUUAGUAAACAUGAAGAAAGUGAAAUGCACAUCAAUAAUAGUGUUAAGUAUUCAAACUUAAAAUUGGAUUUAAAAAAAAAUAAAACUGUGGACGAUGCAGAACAGAGAUUGUGUAAAGAUGAGAAAAAUGGUGAUGUGCUGCUCUUAUACACAUAA